CUUCCCGAGGACUUCCUCCCCCUCAACCCCGGCUGUCAGUGCUGUGUGAGUGCGUGUGUGCUCCUGAGCUCGCUCGGCACACAUUCUAUAAAAAAAUAAAAAUACAAAAAAAAUUUAAAACAUAAAAAACGCCAAAAAAUCUUUUUUUUUUUCGUUUACUUUUCUUUUUGUAACAAGUCGGUGAAGCUGGAGGAGACAUUCGAGGACUGGACGGUAACGUACAAGCAGGGGCUGCCUAACGUAUCGAAUUUUUUUAGUCGACGUGUUACUGAUUCCGUAGCGAGGCCAAGUACCGCUAUAUUUGCUUUUAUUUCUGCAUGUCAGGUUUGAAUGACAGUUUUAAGCCAAUAAGAAGUCGACGUUUUGCCAUUUUAGCAUCUCCGUCUUAUAAAUUCUUUUACCCGAAAACACUGCAACUGACUUGACUAGUCAACGGUUGUAUCACGUUCUGCCCCGAACCGACGUGACGCUAGCGACCGUUGGACAACCGAGGUAUUGGCUCAUCGUCGCAAACUUUUUCUUUAAGAACAUAUAGCUUCGUACGAUUAUUCUACUAGCCUCCACAGCCACGGGAAAAUGAACCCCAGUGCUCCCAGUUACCCCAUGGCCUCCCUGUACGUCGGAGAUCUGCAUCAAGAUGUGACCGAGGCCAUGCUGUACGAGAAAUUCAGCCCAGCCGGAGCAAUCCUCUCUAUCCGGGUCUGUAGGGACAUGAUCACCCGGCGUUCCUUGGGAUACGCCUAUGUAAACUUCCAGCAACCGGCGGACGCUGAGCGUGCACUGGACACCAUGAACUUUGACGUGAUAAAGGGGCAGCCUGUACGCAUCAUGUGGUCGCAGCGUGAUCCAUCACUGAGAAAAAGCGGCGUGGGAAACAUCUUCAUCAAGAAUCUUGACAAGUCCAUUGACAACAAGGCUCUUUAUGACACCUUCUCCGCUUUUGGCAACAUCCUGUCCUGCAAGGUGGUUUGUGACGAGAAUGGCUCUAAAGGCUACGGGUUUGUGCAUUUUGAGACUCAGGAGGCGGCUGAACGAGCCAUUGAGAAAAUGAAUGGCAUGCUGCUCAAUGAUCGGAAAGUGUUUGUGGGCCGCUUCAAAUCUCGCAAAGAGCGCGAGGCUGAGUUGGGUGCCCGAGCCAAGGAGUUUACAAAUGUCUACAUUAAAAACUUUGGCGAUGAGAUGGACGAUGAGAAGCUGAGGGAGCUCUUCAGUAAAUAUGGUAAUGCCAUGAGUAUCCGGGUCAUGACGGACGAAAAUGGAAAGUCUCGAGGGUUUGGGUUCGUUAGCUUUGAAAGACACGAGGAUGCCCAAAAGGCGGUGGAUGAGAUGAACGGGAAGGAGAUGAACGGCAAGCUUAUGUAUGUCGGCCGCGCCCAGAAGAAGGUGGAGCGACAGACUGAGCUGAAGCGCAAAUUUGAGCAGAUGAAGCAAGACCGCAUGACUCGCUACCAGGGUGUUAAUUUGUAUGUGAAGAACCUUGACGAUGGAAUAGACGACGAACGUCUGAGGAAGGAGUUUUCGCCAUUCGGCACCAUAACCAGUGCCAAGGUGAUGAUGGAAGGAGGGCGCAGUAAAGGCUUUGGCUUUGUCUGCUUCUCGUCCCCAGAGGAGGCCACCAAAGCUGUGACAGAAAUGAACGGACGUAUCGUAGCCACCAAGCCGCUGUACGUGGCCCUGGCCCAGAGGAAAGAGGAGCGUCAAGCCCACCUGACCAACCAGUACAUGCAGCGCAUGGCCAGUGUGCGCGCAGUGCCAAAUCCAGUCAUUAACCCGUACCAGGCCGCCCCGCCGUCCGGCUACUUCAUGGCAGCCAUCCCCCAGGCCCAGAACCGUGCCGCUUACUACCCAGCUGCUGGCCAGAUGGCCCAGCUCCGCCCGAGCCCACGCUGGACCACCCAAAAUGUUCGACCACAGCACUUCCAGAACAUGUCGGGUGGAAUACGUCCCUCAGGCCCUCGCCCUCAAACCUUCAGCACAGUGCGGCCUUCCUCCCAGGUGCCCCGCAUGAUGACCACCCAGCGAGUCGCCACUCAGACCAUGGGCCCCCGACCAGCCACUGCAGCUGCCGCAGCAGCUACCCCCGUGCGUGGAGUACCUCAGUACAAGUAUGCAGCAGGAGUUCGCAAUACCCAACAGCACAUGAACACUCAGCCACAAGUUAACAUGCAGCAGCCUGCAGUCCACGUCCAGGGACAGGAGCCUCUGACUGCCUCCAUGCUGGCUGCUGCUCCUCCUCAGGAGCAGAAGCAGAUGCUGGGUGAGCGUCUGUUUCCACUGAUCCAGAACAUGCACCCCAGCCUGGCAGGCAAGAUCACAGGCAUGCUGCUGGAGAUCGACAACUCAGAGCUGCUCCACAUGCUGGAGUCCCCAGAGUCUCUCCGCUCAAAGGUGGAUGAGGCUGUGGCUGUACUGCAGGCUCAUCAGGCCAAGGAAGCCGCCCAGAAGACAGUGACCAAUUCAGCUGGUGUCCCAAGUGUUUAGGAGUGUGGAACCUUGAGACCAGCUUCACCGAUGGACAAAAGAAUUUCACAGUGG